AAACUAUACGCGCGCAUUGUUGAUCACCAAACCGCCGCCGCGUCGAGUUCCUUUCGUUGAGUUCUGAGUAAGAAACUAGUUUAGCGCGUGACGCCUUCGCGGUCGGGUUCCAAUUGAUGGUGUGUAGCCAAAACGUGACGCGAUCCAAGCUGCAUAAAUAAACUCCUACGGUGAGACACGUGCCGCGCCGGGCUACUCAAUAGACUAAUUGUACCUGGUACUGGAUGAGAUAAAUUCCCGUAGCCCAGUUUUGCUGUAUAAUCAAUUGCUCAUCGCGGUGCCGGUUUGGCGAUGAGUUCACCCACAUUGAUUAUGCCCGCGUGUAAUGAGCUGGAACAUUUGUGAUUUCGUUCGGCGUUGAGUAUUGUUUGAAAAAUUUGCUGUUGUUUUUUUUUGAUAAAGUACCCAAGUGGCUACGUGAGAACAAAAGCAAAUCCGUUUAUUGUUCAUGCUGGAAGUGUGAUGCAGCUGCAGCGAUUCUCGCAAUGGAUUACCUACUGGACAUUCAGCAGAAGCUACGCGGUUACCUUGUCGAUAUCGGACUAAUCAAAUAUGUCAACUUCCUCAUCACACAAUUUCUGGCACUGAUCCUAGCGUCGGUCUUCCGUUCCUAUCUGCACCCGUCGAAGGUAACGGCCAGCACCCGGCAUGCGAUCGGGUUGGUGAUUGGUCUGUUCUUUGGGUAUUUUUGCUUUGGACAGCAAGCCAUCCACAUCGCCGGACUUCCAGCCGUUUGCUAUGUCGUCAUACGAACACAGAACCCGCAAAUUGUACAACGAACCGUCAUGGUGGUCGCCCUGGCGUACCUAUCCUGCAUCCAUCUACACCGGCAGUACUACGAUUACGGUUCGUACUCGCUGGACAUCACCGGUCCGUUGAUGAUCAUCACCCAAAAGGUUACCAGUUUAGCAUUCAGCAUCCACGAUGGUUUCACGCGUGAGAUAAGCGAUCUCACCGACAGCCAGCAGCAGCACGCAAUCCGGAAGCUUCCCUCGGCGCUCGAGUUCUUCUCCUACACACUACACUUCCAAGGCCUGAUGGCCGGACCGUUGGUCUUCUAUAAGGAUUACAUCGACUUCAUCGAGGGCUACCACAUCCUGAAGAAGACGGCUGUGUCAAAUGGAAAAUACGACAUCGAUAAGAAAAUUGUACACGAACCGUCGCCCGUGAAAGCAGUCGUGAAAAAGGUGGUCGCCAGUUUAGUUUGCGCUCUGAUCUUCAUCAAAUUUGCUACUAUAUACCCGAUAAAGGCUAUGAAAGAUGACGGCUUUAUGGAAAGCACCGGUUUCUUCUACUCCUUCUGGUACAUGAUGAUGGCCACGACGGCCGUCCGUUUCAAGUACUACUUUGCCUGGCUAAUGUCGGACGCCAUCUGCAACAACUCGGGCCUCGGAUUCAAUGGCUACGAGAAGGAUGGCGUUACGCCUCGCUGGGACAUGGUGUCCAAUAUCGACGUGUGGGCGUUCGAGUUCGGUACGAACUUCCGCAACUGUAUAAAUUCCUGGAAUGCCGGAACGAACCGGUGGCUACGGAUGGUGGUUUUUGAGCGGGUUCCGAAACGUUACGGCACGGUCCUAACGUUCAGCUUGAGUGCACUCUGGCACGGAUUCUACCCCGGAUACUACAUCACGUUUGCGACCGGAGCGUUUAUUGUGAUGUCGGCACGUGUCGCGAGGAAACUGUUUCGCGACCGCUUCCAGGAUACGGCAUUUAAGCGGAUACUUUACGACGUCCUGACUUGUCUCGUUACGCGUGUUUUUAUGGGUUACACCACAUUUCCAUUCGUUUUACUCGAGUUUAAGGCUAGUCUUCGUAUGUACCUGAAUGUUUUUAUGUGCCUUCAUCUAGUCGCUUUGAUCACUGUAUUUAUUUUAACGAAACUUGUACCGCGUGGCGAACGGAAACGUUUGUCUCCGGCUACCACCACCGUCAGCAUUACUGCUGCUGUUGCUAAUGACCGUGUAACCGAUUCCACCCGCGAUUAUCCGAAUGCAAUGACCAUCGCCAGCGACGGGUUUCGUUUACUAGCUGGUCACAGUGUCUCGGUACAAAAUGGAACCACCUCCAAUGGCAGUGCCACCGCAAUCGCCGCCGCUAACGGUAUCCACGCGGAAUCGAACGAACAACCAGCAGCAGCCGCAGUUGCAGCAACCAGUAAGACUGAGAGGGAAAGUGAUAAUCUAUCUAAUCUAAUCAAGGAAAAGUUCGAACAGGAAACACGCAACAUCGAGGAGUUGAUAGAUAAAACCGUCACUGGAUUCGUUGAACUUAAGGACGACCUCAUGCGUAUGAACGAAAAUAAUGAGAUUUUCAUCUCAGCCGAAACGCUGCGCAAACGUCAGCAGAGCAAGGCUGGGGUUGAUCUUAAAAACCACAGCGGCUCCGAUCAUCUGGGCGGCGGUGUCGAUGCUUUUAUCAAGAAGGAAAUCGAUGCGUUGAAUGCCGCCGUACAGCAGGCAAACGUGUUGCCUGCAGUUCUUAGUAAUGGCCAUGCCAAAUAAUAUUCUUCCAGCCAUCGCCACCUUCCGGUCAUGUUCGAGGAUGUUUAAAUUUUGUGCCGGACGAUGUCAUGAACGAUUUAAGAGAGUGAAAAAAAAAAACAAAACACUUUUUUCCGAGCAGAGGUAAUUUGCCUCUCUUCCUUUUAUUAGACACAAGCAUGCUCCUUACAAUACAAGAACUAAAUUCUAGCGAACAAAAUCGAUUGGUGUGCGUAUACUUUAGCUAAAGAGAUGAGAUACAAACUAAGAUUAUAAUGAUUAAAAAACGGUAACCAGAUAUUUCCUAACUUUAUGAUCAAAACUUACUAAGAGAACAAAUGCUACUUGGAGCACACUCGUUAAUCUGCGCGAGACCAAGCAUGAUGCUGCAUUAAAACGCAAACAAGAUGGAUUUUAAUUACGAUGAUCAGAAUUAUUAAGAAGAGAUUAGUGAUUAAUAUAAACACACAAAAAAUACAAGUGAAGAAACUACACACACAAAAAAAACAAAGAAACAGAACACACAAACUAUUCUAAGAUGAAAAAAUAAAGCUGUUACGUGAUAUGCGAACAAA